GCGGGAACCAGCGCCGGACCGAGAGCACCGGAAGGAGGAGAGCUCUUUAAAAACACGCAGUUUUCUGCGCACUGCGGGAUUCCCGCGCAGACAUGGAGCGCCUGAGGGAGAACCUGCGGGAGAACCGGGACCGAGCGGCCCGUUUGUAUGAGCGCUACGCGGACCACGUGAGGAGGAACCCGUCCGCCGCGGCGCAGCUGGAGAGCACCGUGAGGACCCUGUCCUACCUGUUGGCAGGUCGGUUCUCAGACUCUCAGGAACUCUCGGAACUCGUCUACUCCGCCUCCAGCCUGCUGGUGCUGCUGAAUGACAGCAUCCUGCGUAAAGGCCUGCGGCAGCGUUCGAUUCCCGAGUCCCUGUCCCAGCAGAAGCUGCUCACCUGGCUCUCCGUUCUGGAGUGCCUGGAGGUCUUCCUGGAGGUGGGGGCCGUCCGGCUGUGGGGCGACGGCGGGCGCUGGGCAGCCGUCACACUGAUCCACAUCAUCAAGGCGGUGUUCCGGCUCGUUCUUCUUCUGUGGUACCGCAGCGGGAUCCAGACCAGUCCUCCCAUCAGGCCUCUGGACCGAGCAGCGCCGGGUGUGUCUGAAGAUCCAUCAGACCCUCAGGAGGACGAGGACAGCUUCGUGGGUCAAAGGUCGGGGCGGACGGUCCGCGGCCUGAGCCGAGGACCAUCCUUCCAGGCCCGCCUCUUCGGAGCCCCGCCCCCUCAGAGGAGCAGGAAGGGGCGGAGCUCCGAGGAGGAGCUGGACAGGACGUCCAGCCCGCUGCGUCUGCAGGAGACGUUGGCGGAGUCCGUUUACAUCAGCCGUCCACUGGUCCACCUGCUCUGUCUCGGUCUCUGUGGGAAACAGUCCUGGAAGCCCUGGAUCGUCUCCGGAGUCCUGGAGCUGUCCAGCCUGGCGGUGCUGGCUGACGCCCGCUUGGAGCGGCGCUGGGAGCGGGCGGAGCUAAAGAGGCGGAGCUUCCUGCUGCUCUUCUACCUGCUGCGUUCUCCGUUCUACGACUCGUUUUCACAGGAGAAGAUCCUCCUCCUCCUGCGGAUCCUCUCCGAUCACGUCCCGGGAGUCGGACUGGUGGCCCGUCCUCUGAUGGAUUACCUCCCCGCCUGGCAGAAGAUUUACUUCUACAGCUGGGGUUAGAGGCCAGCGGGGGGCGCCGUGGAGGAGCAGACACUGAACUGCAGCCUGACCUCUGACCUCCGAGCCAGCAACCAGCGCUGACAGCCACUUCCUGGAUGGGCUGGACACGCCCACCAGGUCUGCCGGUCCCACACAGGGGCCUCGGACCACAGCGUGAAAACCGUCUUCUUCCGACCUCAGCUGUUUCCCAACCCGUGGUUCCAGGGCCUUGUGAGGGGACGUCAGAGUCAGCGGGGCGGCCCUGAUGGUUUAAACGUUUCAGACUGACACUUUGAUUUAUAAUUGCAGAGAGAGAGAGACUGUGUGUGUGUGUGUGUGUGUGUGUGUGUGUGCGUGUGUGCGUGCGUGCGUGCGUGUGUGUAGUCAGGGAGGAAACGGUUCAAGUUUGCAUCUUUUUUUUCUUCUUUUCCAUCUUUAAUAGCAGAAUGAAUGUUUGUUUCCGUCGACUACAAAUAAAUAGAUUCAUCCUUUCA